GUCAUUACCGACUACCCUUGGACAAGGACAGCAUGGACCGCGAGACCAAACCUGAUGUGAAGCCUGAUAUCAAGCCUAGCAUACUACCUCGUGGUCAAGGAGAUGAGGACGAAGAGCUCGGCGUAGAGGCCGCGUUCGACAGUUCGAAUGUGUGGUCCAUGAAGAUCCCUAGGUUCUUGUUAGAGCAAUGGGAGCGAGUCACCGAAGGAGGCGUAGAAUUGGGUACACUGGUAGUUGAUAACAACUUUCAGCCGCCAAAAAUCUCGCUUCGGCUCCCUGAUACUUCCACUUCGAGCACUGAAGGUCAGGACGACCCGAUGAAUGGUAACCGGGCGGGUCCAAGCAGGAGACCGCGAUACGAUACAUCCUCUAUACCGGAUCAGUACGAAGUCAAUGUGCCUGAAGAGCGAGCUAAGAACACUUUCGUCUUCACGGAGCGAGUGAGGAAGUGGGGUCCAAUAGCGAAAGGCAUGACGGAUCAAGGGAACAAGAAGAAGCAGCGGGCAUAUCCGAAGUUGGUCGCUAGAGUCGCACACGAGUGCACUGUCAGACCGAUGGGGAAUCAAAAAUACCUCAAGAUUUUAGCUCAGAGACAAAUGGAAGCUGAGUCAAGUCGUCGUCCAAUCGUUUCAUUGGAGAGCACAGGUAUAUCAAGAGCACAGCAAAACCAGAUGGCAGCUGGUCUCGCCAAUAUCAACAGUGGUCUGGGCAAAGGCUUUGUCAGUCUCGGCAAUCGCAAUGGACCGACAGGGGAGAAAUUCGUCCGAUUGGAGCGGAAAGACCUCACCGACAAGCUCUUUGCGCUGUUCUCUGAGAAGCCAUAUUGGAGUAUCACAGCUCUUCGGCAAACUCUUCAACAGCCUGACAUUUGGGUUCGAGAGGUCCUCAAGGACAUUGCGGAUCAAGUCACCCAGGGCGUUUACAUCAAUCUGUGGAAAUUAAAAGACAUUUGGAAAGACGCAGACUCGGCUAUCAUGGAUGAGAAGGGUGGAAUCAAAGGGGAGGGAAGCGAUACGGGAGAUGAGGAGGACGAGGAGGGUGACGAUGAGGAGGAGCCUGAUCUGGAGGAGGUCGCAAUGUGAACGACUAUGGGAUUUGAGCUGUAUUUCUGUUCAUGUAGCACCGGUAUCAGAGUUGAUCAUUUGUCUGCGAGCAUGGAUGCCCAUUACUUGCAGCUGUGUCAUCGUUGUCGCCGAUGGAGAUUCAGCGAGCCACCACCCAGCUCAGUUAGAUCGCCUAAAAACAGCUAAUCCGGAG